UUAAAAGGAUUAAAAACUAUAAAAAAUAUCCUUAAAAAAUAAAUAUUUAUGGUGCUAAAAUGUGUUGUAUAAAAUUAGUGUCAAUAUUAACAAUAAUUAUACUAUACUUUACACCCUCACUUCAUGGAUUAGUUAACUCCCCCAAAAUAAUCACUAAAGAUGGCCAUUUAAUUUUUGAAUCCGGCUUAGAUCGCAACAUAACAUUUUUGCUUAAGGGAAAGUCUCGUUUAAAUAUCAAUGAUGAGUAUGAUAUUAUCGAUUUGUUGCUGCAGUCUAAAAGGGGGCGUCUCUCGCCGGCGUUAUCUUCACAAACCGAAUGGACAGAGGAGGAAGAUGCUAUACUGAAACAGCUAAUGGCUGAUGUAACCUCUUUAAAGACUCGUGUUUUUGGUCCCACUGGUCUAGAAUUUCGUUAUCGCAUGCUACAAAAUCGUACCAGAAAUGCUAAUCAACUGCUGAGACGCUAUAAAAUACGCAUGCAAAGAGUGGAGACCAGGGUACAAUCAUUGUACGAUACUUUGGAAACCGAUAAUUGUAAAAGUAAUCCAUGCCAAAAUGGUGGUUCUUGUUUAAAUAUAUUUGGUAGCUUUGCUUGCAAGUGUCCAAAGAAUUUUGAGGGACCUGCUUGCGAAAAAGAUGUCAACGAGUGUGCCCUGUAUGCCGGCACUGAUUUGGGUUGUCAAAACGGUGCUCAAUGCAUUAAUCAAUUUGGCUCGUAUAGUUGUAUUUGUCAACCCGGUUGGUUUGGCAUCCAUUGUACCCAAAGAAAAGGCGAUUGCAUGCAAUCGUCCAUUUGGGAACUCUGUGGUCAUGGAACUUGUGUCAGCAGCAAUGAUACAUUUGGCUACAAAUGCAUCUGUGAUCAGGGAUGGAAAACAAAUGGUUUAACGCCAGCCUGUACAGUCGAUGUGGAUGAGUGUGCUGAAAGUCAUACAGCAUGUGUAACGAAAUGUAUCAAUUUGCCGGGAUCAUUUACAUGUGCUCCUUGCCAAGCUGGUUUGACGGGUAAUGGAGUUAAUUGUCGUGAUAUUGAUGAGUGCGGAACACAAAAUGGUGGCUGUAGUCUAAGUCCUAAAGUUUCGUGUAUAAAUUCGUAUGGUUCUUAUCAUUGCGGUGAAUGUCCUCUUGGUUGGUCAGGAGAUGGUCGUACCUGUGAACGUUCAACUACUAUAGAUCCUGCGUCAGGUUCAUCUGCCGUUGGUGCUGUGACUACAUGUUCGAACAGUAAUAUUUGUCAUCCUAGAGCUAUAUGUCAUGAAAUUUCAAAUACUGUAGUAUGCAGUUGUCCAGAUGGUUUGGUCGGUAGCGGCAUUGGUAUUAAUGGUUGUGUUGUGGGAACAGCUAAAAAUUGUCUCAGUCAACCUUGUUUGAAUGGCGGUACUUGUGUGGAUGAUGGCGAUCGAUUUAACUGUAUUUGUCCCUUGGGCUUUUUGGGGCCGACUUGUACACCCGCUCCAAGUCUUUGCUCGCCAAAUCCUUGUCAUAAUGGUGGACGUUGUCAUGUGAUAAAAACUACUACCGUACACAAAUUUUUAUGUGAAUGUAGGCCCGGCUUCCGUGGCGAGAAAUGCGAAAAGCGUGCAAAUGAUUGUGGUGGCGUUUUAAGAGGAGAGUCCGGUCGUCUUAGUUAUCCUCCCGGUGUACAAUCGCAAUACGAGCAUAAUUCCCAGUGUGCUUGGAUUAUUAGAACCAAUGAAACAUUAGUUCUGAAUGUGACUUUUAACAAUUUUGAGUUAGAAGACUCGACCGAGUGUCGUUUCGAUUGGUUGCAAAUUAACGAUGGUCACAGUGCUGGCUCACAAAUAAUAGGACGUUUUUGUGGCACUCAUAAACCUUUGGGAGGCAAUAUUAUAUCUUCUACUCAUCAGCUGUACUUGUGGUUCCGUUCAGAUAAUUCAACUUCUAAGGAAGGCUUUGAAUUGGAAUGGAACUCUAUACCGCCUCAGUGUGGUGGUCUUGUUAAUGUUACAACUCAUGGCACAAUUUCGAGUCCAGGUUCACCGGGCAAUUAUCCCAAAAAUCGUGACUGUCGCUGGACGCUAAAGGCGCCAAAUGAUAAACGUUUGAAAUUGACUUUCUUUAGUUUGCAGAUUGAAAAACAUGACAGUUGUAAUUACGAUUAUGUGGAGAUAAUUGAUGCGAUUUCUGGUGAAACUUUGAAUAAGUAUUGCAACUCUACUCAUCCCCAACCUGUUUUUCUGCCUACCAAUGAAGCUAUUAUUCACUUCCACACUGACAACAUUGGCUCUGAUACCGGAUUCCAAAUAUUCUACUCUACCGAGGAACGUGUACACAACUGUGGUGGUAUAUACACUGCCAAAGACGGCAUUAUACAAUCUCCACAUAUACAAAAUGAGGCCAUUUCCUGUGAAUAUGAAAUUCGUAUGGCCACCAGCGAAUCUAUAACAAUUGAGUUUGAGAUCUUCAAAAUGGCAUCAGAGGAUUGUAUAGAGAUUUACGAUGUGAAAGCCACAUCAAAUGAAAAUAUAUUACAAGCAAAAUACUGCGGAGAAUAUGAGACAAUACCUCCAGUAAUUCACUCCCAAUUCAAUAAGAUGAUUCUAAAAUUCUAUGGCAAACCAGGAGCCGAAUUUAAAUUGAAGUAUAGAACAGAUUGCAGCUAUAAUUUGGAGGCUCCCGAGGGUGUAAUACAAACACCUAGCUAUCCCCAGUUGAGCAAUAAAGAACGUUAUUGUACCUACAAAAUUAUAACGGAACCCAAUACCGUGAUAUCUGUACACGUGGAUGAUUUCGAUUUGAAGGAUUCUAGUUUGGAAGAGACCGAUUGUGCUUACACCUCUUUAAAAAUUAAUGAUGACUUGGAUAAAAAUAUAAUGGGUCCUUUUUGUGGCGAAAAAGCUCCUAUGGCUGAUAUUGUUUCGAAAACUAAUAUGCUUAUUUUACACUUACAAACGGGUUUGACUUCAACGGGUCGUGGCUUUAAAUUAUCCUACAAGGCUAUACCAAUGGGAAAAACAGAUUGCGGUGGUGUUUAUACAAAACCAGGCUAUAGCAUACGUUUGCCCACCGAUGAACAGGGUUUGUAUAUGCAUGACAUGACAUGCUAUUGGAUUAUUAUGGCACCGAAAGAUAAAUUUAUAAUGAUUGAUUGGAAAUCUUUCGAUUUGGAGGAAUCUAGUGAUUGUAGCUAUGAUUAUGUGGAACUCUAUGAUAAUUUGGCUAACGAAAAUAAUCAGGCUUUGGAGAGAUACUGCGACGCCCAUUAUCCACAGUCCUUCUUAACACACUCUCGCAUGUUAACUGUGAAAUUCGUGUCUGAUUCUUCAGAUUCUGCAAAAGGUUUCGAAUUCAGCUAUAAAUUUAUAGAUGCCACUAAUCAAUGUGGUGGCAAGAUUCACUCUUCUACUGGCAAAAUACACACUCCUAAUUGGCCCUCAAAUUAUACGGGUGAUUUGGACUGUACCUGGAUCAUAAAUACGCCACCGGGUACACAAAUGGAAUUGCAGAUCGAGAUAUUUGAUUUGGAAAUGUCAAAUAAUUGUUCUAGCGAUUGGUUGGAAAUAAGAAAUGGCGGUUCAAAUCACUCAACUUUGUUGGGACGAUUCUGCGGCAAUAUGACCAAUAUACCCCAUGUCAUACCUUCAUUUACUAAUCAAAUGUAUUUGUUUUUCCACUCCAAUGGCUUUGUCAAUCAAAAGGGUUUCCAGAUACGUUGGUUUGUUUUCUCCAAUGGUUGUGGUGGCAAUUUAGAAGGUGAACAAGGUGUUGUUACUUCACCCUUCUAUCCCGAACCCUAUCCUAAUAAGGCCGAAUGUGACUGGAGAUUACAUGUGCAUCCUGGUUCUGCUAUACAUCUUACCAUUGUUGAUCUAGCUUUAGAGAAUUAUUCCAAUUGUCGGUAUGAUACAUUAUCCAUAUUCGAAGGUACAACAGAUAGCAAAACCCACUUAGCUUCAAUAUGCCAAAUGGAUGAAAAUAAAGAACCCUUAGAAUAUAUAAUAAAUAGCAAUGAGGCCUUGAUACAACUGAAAACAGAUGAUUCUAAUCGUGAGCGUGGUUUUUUGCUCUCAUACAGAGCAAAUUGUUCGGUAACAUUAACCAAAAAUUACGGAGUUAUAGAGAGUCCAAAUUAUGGAGUCCCAUUCAAUGAUUAUAGCGAUGAUGUAAACUGUACCUGGACUCUGAAAGCGCCUAAGGGCAAUCAUAUACAGGCUGAGUUCACCUACUAUGAUACAGUGGACAAAAAGACAGUGUUGGAUAUUAGAGAUGGCAAUAAUAAAACUUAUGGUAUUCAGCAGCAGGGACAACGAAUUAAUUCCACUAGUGAUACUAUAGUCAUUAAACAAAGAUCAAACAAAUUUAAUUUUCAAUUGGAAUAUGCCAUGGUGGGCUGUAUCGAAGUAUAUCGGGCCGAUAAUGGAACAUUUGCAUCGCCCAAUUACCCAAAACCCUAUCCCAACAAUAUAGAAUGCCUAUGGGAAAUAACCUCUCAGCCAGGCAUGGGUAUUCAAGUUGAAAUAGAAAGUUUAGAUUUGGAAGACUCCGUUAAUUGCACUAAAGAUGCCUUGGUCAUAUCCCCACAUUAUCACAGCGAUAACGUUAAGGAACGUCAUUGUGGUAAACAUGAAAGUUUGAUCAUUAGCUCAUCCAGUCAUAAAUUAUAUGUCAGAUUCUAUAGUGAUGGCCAGGGUAAUGGCCAAGGUUUCCAGGUUAAGUACACCACUCAAAAAAGCAAAUGCGGCGGUACUUUACAAAGCAAGAAUGGUGUUAUCACAUCACCAAAUUAUCCCAAUAAUUAUCCAGAAAACUCGGAUUGUGAAUGGACUAUAACGGUAACGGAUCAUCAUGCCAUUAUCUUUACCAUGGAUGAAUUGGAUUUGGAGGAUUUCUAUGAUUGUGAAAUGGAUUAUGUAGAAGCUUUUGAGGAAAGAAGUGACAGCGAUGCUGAGCCAUUACAACUGUUUAAGAAAUGUGGUGCUAUGGAGUCAGAAGCUAAUAAUACAUGGAGAAGUAUAGGUAAUACGGUGACAGUGCGUUUCCAUUCGGAUGAUUCGGUGCCGGCUAAAGGAUUUAAAUUAAGUUAUGUUGAGGAUUGUGGCGAACGUAUUGUCAUUGAUGACGAACAGUACGUUGACCUUAUAAUUAGUAAAUAUUCCCUAAUCAAUCAAACCUGUGAAUGGCAAAUAGUUGCAAAAAAUCCCACAAAACAUGUUACACUGGCAGUUAGUCAUAUACAACUUAAUCCUGCUGUAGCCAAUCUAUAUCCUACCGAAGGAGAUUGUAUAAAUAAAGGUAUGGUGGUUUACGAUGGGUCAUCGGAUGCAUCACCAGUACGAUCCAGAUUUUGUAAAUCUCAUCCACCGGAUAUAGUAUCAAAUGGCCAUGCUUUGACAUUAAAAGUUCCCAUGGGCCUUAUAGCUGAAGUUGAUGCAACUGCAUAUGCAAUAGAUAAUUUGUGUGGCAAUUACUUCAGAACUAUAACAGGAAAAUUCGCCUCACCUAAUUAUCCUUCUUCGUAUCCGGUUAAUAUACAGUGUACUUGGUAUAUAAUGGCCAGUCAGGGUAAUAGUAUUGGUUUGACAUUUGAGUCAAUGGAUUUGGAAGAUUCUGAUGAAUGUAACAACGAUUAUCUGGAAGUUAGAGGAGGUCUUGGCGUGGGCACCCUUUUAGGUUUACAUUGUGGCAAUCGAAUUCCAGCUGCUGUAGAAGGAGCUGAGACGUUGAGUGUAAUUUUUAAUAGUAAUGAUGACAUUGUGGGAGAAGGUUUUAUAGCCACUUAUUAUUAUGUUAAACAUAAUGAAAUUAAUGGCACCAGUGGAGUAGUGGAAUCUCCUGCCUAUCCAUCCAAAUUUCAUAGCGAUGAAUUAUACAGUUGGCGUAUUACUGUGGAUAAGAACUAUGUAGUUUUGCUGUCAAUUAAACAUAUUUUGGAUACAGACAUACCCUAUAUAAAGUUCUACGAUGGUUAUUCUGAUAUUGGAGCACCAAUUGAUUAUGCCAACACCCAUGUUAUACGAUCAAAUACCAAUAUUCUAUAUUUCACCGCCACUCGUGGACCCUUCCAGUUCGAAUGGGAGCAACUAUCCAAGGAGGUGGUGCGUAGCAAUCAGACUGCAGAGAAAAUGUCUGAACUUUGUGGAAAUCAAUAUUUGCGCAUACACAACACCUCGGUCAUCUUUAGUUCACCUGGUUAUCCACAAGGCUAUGAUGCUAAUCUACAAUGUGCCUGGACUGUAAUACCAAAUAACCCGGCUACGCAUAUUGAACUGUUUUUUAUGAAAAUUGACCUUGAAGAAUUUGAUGAAUGUUUUGCCGAUUAUGUUAAAGUGUCUAAGAGUAGUGAUUUGCAAAACUGGCAGGAGCUGGAAAAGAUGUGCAAAAAGACUUCCAAUAAAGUCAUGAAAUUCGAAGGAAAUCCCUAUUUGAAGGUGGAAUUUGUAACUGAUUCUGGCGUCAAUAAGACUGGAUUUUCAUUUUUGGCAUCGACCAAAUGUGGAGCCGAACUGACGGACAGAAGAGGCUUCGUCAAUAUUACUGAAUUAAAGGGCAAUACUGUUAACUACCAGCAAGACUGUGUUUGGACCAUUAGAGUGAGACAAGGCAGGCGAAUACGUCUAACAUUUCCAGAUUUUUGGUUACGUAGCCCCAAUACAGAGGGUAACUGUAAAACCUACUUUUUGGUACGUAAUGGCAUGGCUGAGGAUUCACCAUUUUUGGGCAAAGGAAAAUACUGUGACAAUGAUAUAACUGAUAUCUUGGAAACCUCUUCAAAUCGAGCUUACAUUAAAUUUGCUCGAACCGGUUAUCCUGCCUUCCGGGCUUCCUUCCAUUAUGAGGAAAUUGCACCAGAGUGUUCCAAAGAAAUUAUUCUAAAUGAAAACUACAAAUGGGAUCGUAUUCAAACCAUAACUACACCCAACUAUCCCAAUAUACCCAAUCCUCAUUCUGAGUGUAUUUGGAAAAUUAUAGCUCCGUUACAUAAGACAAUAACACUAGACUUCUUUGGUGACUAUGAUUUGAUUCCCGUCAAUUCUGAUUCUAAGCAAUGCGAACUAGAAUAUGUGCAGGUUAAUGAUGGAGCCACAGAAAUGGCUCCAGUUAUUGGCAAAUAUUGUGGAGCCACAAAGCCAAAUACCAUACGUUCAACAGGCAAUAUAUUGAGAGUGCUUUACUUUACGGAUGUUUCGGAGCCUCACAAGGGUUUCCAGGCAAAUGUUAGCAUAAGUCGUUGCGGUGGCUCCUAUUAUGACUCCGAGGGUAUCAUAUCAGCACCAUUGCUGCGACUGAAACCCAAUGAAAAGGAAUUGGAAUGUGUAUACACAUUAGAAAUGCCCUUAGGUUCUACCAUAAAUAUUAGCGUAGAUAAAAUAAGUUUACCGGAGCCGUAUGGUGGACAAAACUCAGAGUGCAAGCAAGAAACUCACUUAGAAUUACAAGAAAUUGAUGCCUUCUCUACGGACACAGAAAAUAUAACCGAUACCUUAUUUUUGUGUGGCUCGGUGGCCAAUCGUUAUAUUGUCGAAACAAAUAAACUGAGAAUAGUCUUGCGAAUCAAGGAUGGUGUUUAUGACGCGGAUAGUUUUCAGAUCAGCUACUCUGCGAUAGGAGAUAGAUGUGGCGAUACUAUAGAGGGUAUGCGCGGCAUAUUACAAACUCCAAAUUAUCCCAAGGGUACAGGUGCACCAAUACACUGUACUUGGAAUUUGAGAGUCCCCAAGGGCAGGCGUAUUAAGGUGGAAUUCUUAGAUUUUGAUAUGGAUAGCGGACAAUCAACGGGACGAGUCUAUCGUCGUUUGACCUUCAGUAAUGAUCCUAAACUAUCUUCUAUUAUAGAGCGCGUAACUGAUACUGUACCAGCUGUUAUUUACUCUACUGACAACACCAUGACUAUAGAUGCUCUCGUGUUGUCAUUCUUCAAGAAUCGUGGUUUCAAACUCAAAUACUCAUCUGAGGAAUAUUCCACACAUUGUCGCAAUUUUCUGUGGUUCUACGAUGACACCCACAUGGGUACUCCUCAGACUAUAAAAUUCAAAAGAGAUGAUAGUGAAAAGUCGGUGUAUUGUGCCUACGAUCUUAAGCCCAGCUUCAAUCAAACCUUGUCCGUGCAAAUAGUUAAACAAGCAAAUUACAAUAUCACCCAGCAAUGGUUUGUAUAUGGCUGCCAAUACUCUUCAGCUGUGCAAUUAUUUGCUGGUGAUGAGCGCAUCCUGCCCCUGUUAAUGUGUCGCAAUGAAACUGAGCCCUCCUUUAGACUACCAUAUGCCAGCAAAAUGGUAAUAAACGGUCAUAGACGUAAUGGUCUGCGCGAGCUCGAACUGCAGUUGACCUCUUAUAAAUGUGGUGGUGUGUGGCCCUUUGAGUAUUACGAUGAUUUCGUUAUUACACAGCCGGAUAUGAAAAAUCAUACCGGGCACUUGGAAUGUGCCUGGGCAGUAUGGGGUCAAGCUCGUUACACUGUAGAACAGCCCGAAUUUUCCGAUAUUUUGGAGAAUAUGCAAGUAGAUGUAGGCCUUAUCACUGACUUUAAGGGCAAAUGUGAAGAGGAAUAUUUGAUAGUCUACAAUGGACCCAAUCAAAACUCACCUCAUCUGGGCCGUUAUUGUGAACAAUCCACCAUUACAAAUCUGGUAGCAACUGGUGGUAUAUUUUUAGAGUUUAUAACACAAAACUACAAUCCACUGUCCAUGUUCAACUUAACGGUUCACGAGGGCAGUGGUUGUGGCGGUGAGCUAAAAUAUCCCUAUCGCCAAAUCAUGUUCGAUUAUCAGUACAAAAACAAUGUUGAGUGUGUCUGGAACUUGGCCACAGAACCAGGAUUCCAUUUGGCAGCAAUAUUCGAAAGUCAUUUCUUCAUAGAAUCAUCGCCUAACUGCACCAAAGAUUACCUUAAGUUCCAGCAAAAAUCCUUACAGGGAGAAUGGCAGGAUAUUGUUACAGUAUGUGGACGUUCGCCACCGCCUAUGAUUAAUACCACUACGGCAGAAAUGCGUGUAAUUUUCCGCUCGGAUGAAGCUAUAACUGGUAGAGGCUUUACUAUUAAUUUCGAGCGCAACUGUGGUGGUAUUCUGUUUGCCACCGACACCAUGCAACAGCUAAACUCGCCCAAUUAUCCUUUGGAAUAUCCACCCAAUCUAGUUUGUAACUACACCAUUAUACCCUCGCCCAGUAUUAGUAAAACAGAAUCGGAUAGUUUGUACAUACGAUUUUUAGAUUUUAUGAUCGAAGAUUCUCCUCUUAAUAAGUGUAUGUUUGAUAAUGUCACUAUAAUUACACGUGACAACCAAAAUGAGCCUGUAUCGAAUACACUGUGUGGCCGGAAAACAAAUUAUGAGAUAAGAUCCAAAAAAUCCAUAUCGAUUAUAUUUCAAACUGACGGAAGUUAUGGUCGUAAAGGUUUUCUAAUGAAGUACGGCCACAACAAAUGUGGCGCAGUCAUUACUAACUCUACCAUUAUCGAGUCACCGCGAGAUUCUUCCACACAAAUGUAUCCUCAUAACAGUAUAUGCUCUUGGCAGCUACAGGCUCCGGAAAAUUAUAAAAUCAUGAUUAAGUUUGAACAAAUUGACUUUGAGUCCCAGGGCAUGUGUACCUACGAUGCUGUAGAAGUCUACAAGGGUCUCAAUACCGUCGAGGAUCAACGUUUGGUUCAGUUAUGUGGCAACAUUACGGGUCAGACGGAAAUUAUAACCAUACAACAGAAUACCGGUCUCAUACGUUCCUUUUCCGAUGACCGUGAUGCCUCAGCGGGAUUUAAAGCCCUGGUGAGAUUUCUGCCAAAUUGUGACAAUCACAUACACUUGGAAUCCUCAAAUUUCAGCUAUGAGUUCACUCGUUUCUCUAGCCAAUAUGCCAAUAAUUUAGAUUGCUCCUGGCUAUUUACAACUUCAGCAGAUCGCCAGCUAAAAUUAGAGUUUACCAGUUUUCAUGUGGAAAAUUCUUCCAGCUGUUUAGAUGACUACUUGGAUGUUCGUGAUGGUUCGGGUUCAUUUUCCGAUCAAAUUGGACAAUUUUGUGGUCAUGAUUUGCCCAGUCCAUUGGUUUCCUCCAAAUCCACACUACUACUGAGAUUUGUAACUGAUUCUAAGGAGUCGAGCAGUGGAUUUAUGGCCACCAUUAGGUCAGUGCCAAAGAUAUGUGGUCAACAAAAUUUGGAUUUAACUUUGAAAAAGGCGGUAACUAUAGUUUCACCCGAUGAUGGUUCGAGCAAAUAUCCCAAUAAUAUCAAUUGUAUUUGGAAAAUCAAAAGCGACAAUAACAUCCAUUUACAUUUUGAGAAACUUGAUAUUGAUGGUCCUGAUACGAAUGGUUCCUGUUCAACAGAUUAUAUUAAAAUUAUUAACAGUGAUGAUGCCGAUGAAAUCGAUAAAGGUUAUGGCAGUAAAUUAAUUUUUAAUGGACGUUCCUCGUCGUAUCUGGGAGCUUACAAUUAUGCUGCCGAACAUAUUUAUUGUGGCAACAGAGUGCCCGAUGACUAUUUCUCAUCAUCGAAAUCUGUUUUCGUUAAAUUUAAAUCCAACAACGAUGUGGCUAAAAGUGGUUUCAAAUUGAAGGCUACCACAGCUGAAGGCUGUUUCCGAAAUUUUACUGCUACUCAAGGACGCAUUAAACUCUCCGAAUCUACAGAUCACUGCGAUAUAUACAUUAAAGUUCCUGUAAAUUACACUUUGAGUCUCUAUUACAAUGAGUUAAUGUUUUCGGAAUAUGAUUGUGAAAAGGAAAACAUUGAGGUAUUUGAUGCUCGCACCAAUUCUUCAUUACAAAAACUAUGUGAGUUUGUCGACACCGGCAAGUCACUGUUCUCCAACAGCAAUGAAUUGCGCAUGCGUUUAAAACUGAGUGGCUAUUAUACGCAAAUUGAUAUCACCUAUUUGGCCAGUAAUAAUGGACCCGGUUGUGGUGGAGAUUUUUACAAUACCCAAGGCUUACUCACCAAUCCCUACUAUCCCAAUCAUGUGCGCAAUAAUUCGGACUGUCGUUGGAAUAUACGUGUACCAGGCAAUAUGAGAGCUCUUUUAAGAUUCCCUGUCUUUAAUAUGGGUGCCAAGAGUACUUGUCGCACAGACUAUUUACAAAUCAUUGAAUAUGAUGGACAUGAUAGUGGGGAGGAGAAAGUAAUGCGUCAGUUUUGUGGAGAGGAUGAGCCUAACUUCUAUCUGAGCUCUAAGAGUUAUGUGACCAUACGUUUCCAUAAAACAGUUAAUUAUGAUGGCACUGGCUGGGUUAUUUCCUUUAGGGGAGUUCAUCCUUCUGCUAAUGUAAACUACAUAUAUUAAUAAUUCUAUUUUUAAAAUAAUAUUUAAGUAUAAAACAUAUUUCUGAAAUAAAAAUUAACCUGCUGCAUCUCAGCAGAGUAUAAUUCAAAGUA